CGCACGCCCCAAAAGGAAAAAUACAAAAAUAAAAACAACCGAAGAGGACUCGGCUCGGCUCGGCUCGGGCUCGGGCUCGGGCUCCGGCUCCAAGCUGCUAAUCGUAAUCGUCGGUCGGAUCCCCUCGGCGUGUCCCAACUGUCAUGGUCCCCGCUCGGGAGGAAAAAACAACACGGCUGGACCGCGUCACACAAGCGGGGUUUUAAAAGCCCGAGGACCAUGUUACCGGGCGCCAUCACUUCUCCAAUGUGAAACAGCUCAGCCGAAGAAGAAGAAGAAGACGACGACGACGAACAAGUUGGUGCUUAGUACCCACCACGAAAGACGGCGGUGUCCGGCCCGAGUUCGGGGCAACGUUCAUCGUUUCUGGCCUGUUCUUCCUGAGAGCUCCAUGGAGAAGAUGAAGCGCUUCAAGCGGCGGCUCUCUCAGACGUUACGAGGCAGCCACACCAUCGACGAGUCUCUCUCGGAGCUGGCUGAACAGAUGACCGUCGAGGAAAAUGUUCUGAAGGACGGUGCAGAACCCAUCGUGAAGAACGGCCGCCCUCCGUCGGCCCACAGCGUCCACUCCUUCCUGCACCAGUACGCGGGCUCCUUUAAGAAGCCACCGCUGCGACGGCCUCAGAGCGUCAUCGGCGGAGGCCUGGGCUCGCUCGUGGUGAUGCCUCGCAACGGCAGUCGCCUCGUUUCUAUUCCUUCCUUCCUUCCUUCCUCCCUCCCUUCCUGGUCUUUCCCCAUUGCAGAUAUCGUCCACGAGAACCUGAAGAUGGGGUCUGACGGGGAGAGCGACCAAGCUUCCGGUACGUCCUCGGAUGAGGUGCAGUCGCCCACAGGCGUUUGCCUGAGGAACAGAGGCAACCGACGCAUUUCGGCAGAGGACCUGAACAAGCGUCUGUCCCUGCCCGCCGACAUCCGGAUACCCGACGGCUAUUUAGAGAAGUUGCAGCUGAGCAGCCCGUCGUUUGACCAGCCGCUCAGCCGCCGCUCCCGCAGGGCAUCGCUGUCGGAGAUCGGAUUCGGGAAGCUGGAGACCUACAUAAAACUGGACAAACUGGGAGAGGGCACAUACGCUACAGUCUUUAAGGGGCGGAGCAAGCUGACGGACAACCUGGUGGCUCUGAAGGAGAUCCGGUUGGAGCACGAGGAGGGGGCGCCAUGCACGGCAAUCCGAGAAGUUUCGCUACUGAAGGACCUGAAGCACGCCAACAUCGUGACGCUCCACGAUAUCGUGCACACCGAGAAGUCGCUCACACUGGUCUUCGAGUACCUGGACAAAGACCUCAAGCAGUACAUGGACGACUGCGGGAACAUCCUGAGCAUGCACAAUGUCAAGAUUUUUCUCUUCCAAAUCCUGCGAGGCUUAGCAUACUGCCACCGGCGGAAAGUUCUCCACCGGGACUUGAAGCCCCAAAAUCUGCUGAUCAACGACAGGGGAGAACUCAAACUGGCCGACUUCGGUCUCGCCAGGGCCAAGUCGGUGCCGACCAAAACGUACUCCAACGAGGUAGUGACUCUGUGGUACCGGCCCCCCGACGUGCUGCUGGGCUCCUCCGAGUACUCCACGCAGAUCGACAUGUGGGGCGUGGGCUGCAUCUUCUACGAGAUGGCCGCGGGCAGGCCCUUGUUCCCGGGCUCCACCGUGGACGAUGAGCUGCACCUCAUCUUCAGGCUGCUCGGCACGCCCGCGGAGGACAGCUGGCCUGGAAUCUCUUUUGUGGACGACUUCAAGUCUCACAAAUUCCCAAAGUACAAGACCCAGCUGCUCAUUAACCACGCGCCCAGAUUGGACACGGAUGGCAUCGACCUGCUGACGUCGUUCCUCAAAUACGAGUCGAAAAAGAGGAUCUCCGCAGACGAAGCCGCGAGGCAGCCGUACUUCAGGAGCCUGGGGCCUCGCCUUCGCACGCUGCCAGAGAACAUCUCCAUAUUCACGUUGAAGGAGGUCCAGCUGCAGAGAGACCCCGGCUGCCGGAACUCCUCGUACCCCGAGUCAGGCAACGGGAAGAGCAGAAGACAAAGCAUGCUGUUUUAGAGUCUUUGGACUGUAUUUGUUUCGGGUUAUUCGGGGAGAAUCUCUUGAGCGCAACACUCUGAUUGCUGGAUGGCGGUGGAGCAUCAUCUUCCUCGUCUUCCCCACCAGCCCUCCAAAACCACUUGGGGUUCUUGCCCGCCCCCCCCAGACUUAUACAAGGUUUGGCCUCAACGUGGCCCAACAGACAUUUAUAUUCUAUAUUUAUUAAGAAGAGAGAAUGUGCUGCUAAAAUCCGACUACUGUUAAGAAUUCUAACUGGCUCAGUCACUUUAAGAAGAACAUGCAAUGUGUAUAAAUUUUUAAAUCUUUUGAAGUGGUAACAUUUGUUGUUGUUGUGAUUUUCUUCAUUUUUCAUACGUAGACCUCGACCUAAAGGAAGAGAGAGCGAGAGAGAGAGAGAGAGAGGGAAAAAAAAAAGAUGUUUUCAUUGGCUCUUCAAAAGGUCUGGCCUUUUCCCCCCCUUCCUCUGUAGGCCGCGUUGACUGCUGAGAGCUCGUUGGCGUGUCAUUCCGGUCGGGUAGCGCGUGCAAGGGCAUUCAAGGAAAGGUACACCUCAAUACUUUCCCCCCCCCAUACUCGAGCCUCAAGUAUUUAAGACCACGCGUGUCAUCGUGUCUGUUACAAAGCAAACGCGAGCACAUACGGAGAACCCAUUUGCGCAUUUAUACCAUGUCCUUGAUAUCGCACUAGUAGGCCAAAAGCGGCACUAGCGAGAUGCAAUCAUUCUACUGGGACACUGAAUUGACUUACUACUUAACCAGGAUAACAAGGAUGUCGAAUAAGUGCCAAGAUAGCAUUUCUUUUUCCACAUCAUGUGAGUUGUCAGAUCUUAAAAUUGGGUCAAGAUGUCAAAUAUGUGUGCGCCGCAUCCCUGAAUCUAUUUAAGUGUUUCCGGAUAUGUUUUGUAUGAUAUUCUUUUGUGAAAAGUUGUUACCGGUGUGAGAUUUCAUUGCUGAUGCCCUCCCAUGAGUUUUAUUUCCUCUCAGAGUAAAGAUUAAAUUUAAAGUUUAAACAGAAAAUGAUUUGUUUUCCUUCUCUUGAAAAAGCAAAAGCAUUCAAGCAUUCAAUGCUUAGUUUAUUGAAAAUGGAUGACAUUCUUCACAAUACAAAAUUAUACAGAAUACACACUGUAUACCACAUCCAGUAUAAAAAAAGAGAAAGUUCUAAAAAAAAAAAAGGCUUUUCAUUCAUUUGAAAAUCUUGUCUUUAAGGGGAAGUUGGGAUGGUAGGACACAAAAUGAAGGCACAGCCGGUACUAUCUGAGAAGCGUAGUGCAUAUGUUACAUACAAUACAAAAGCCACAAGUAAAAGGAGGGAGAAGUUAUGAACAAGCUUCUAGCUCGAGUCGAGCAGCUAGCGAUAUGGCUUUUUUUAAAAUUUUCUUUUAUUUUUUAAACUGAGUGCUUUCACCACUGUAGCCUCAAGCAACCCAA